AUGGCGGCCUGGCUGUUAAGUUUGUACGCUCGCCGCCUUUCAGCAGCUGUGGCGAUACGAGGGCUCCCGGUUGCCCGCGUUCGCUGGGAAUCCUCCAGGGCUGUAAUCGCCCCAUCCGCUGUGGAAAGAAAGCGGCAACAAGAACCGACCAUGCUCUGGCAGGAGGACCCAGAACCCGAGGACGAAAACGUCUAUGCGAAGAACCCAGAUUUUCAUGGUUAUGACAACGACCCUGUGGUGGACGUCUGGAAUAUGCGGGCUGUCUUCUUCUUUGGUUUUUCCAUUGUCCUGGUCUUUGGUACCACUUUUGUGGCUUAUUUGCCUGACUACAGGAUGCAAGAGUGGUCCCGCCGGGAAGCUGAGAGACUUGUGAAAUACCGAGAAGCCAAUGGUCUCCCCCUCAUGGAUUCCAACUGUUUUGAUCCCAGCAAGAUCCAGUUACCAGAAGAUGACUGAUGAAUUAUUGAGAGAACUUAAGAAGCACUACUUUGCCCCCUGUUAUUCUCCUGGUUCCUCAGAACACUGUAUUAAAGGAAUUACAUGUA